CUCUGGCUGAGCGGACAAAAUGUAAAAUGCUCCAGCGAAAAAAAACAACUGCCCAUAGUUUUUAGUGAUAUGGGCAUGUUAUGCCACAUCCGUCAAUCAGUGUGGACCAUUAAUACGCAGCGAAAUCGACGUCGUAGUUGCAAAGAACCUGUUAAUGUUCUCUUACCACGACCAUUGCUUAUUUAUUGACCGACCACCAUGAAUCUUUGAAUCUGCUCACCGCGGUUUACCGCUUAGACUAAGAUUCUUCCCAUUCGGCUGCGCUGCGGCUCCCCUUCCCAGGGAAUAUUUUUUGUAUUGAAUAAACUUGUAUUCGUAAUGGUUAUGGUGUCGUAGAUGCUUGCUACCGCUGUUUUUUUAUAUUUCUGACAUCCAUUAUCGUAAGUAAUGUGCUGAUGGAAUAUCCACUCGCAGCUACAUGGUUUCGGCAAUGAGUAUCAUUCUGCCAACCACGAUAGCUUUUUGGGAUAACGAAACCACCACGAGUAAUGGGAGUUUCGACCGUACCGCUUGGACACUGAAAAAUUUAGGAUAUCAAACAAACCCCCACGCCGUGACCUAUACCGUUUUGUAUACGGUUUUAUUUUUCCUGGGAUUAUUUGGCAACCUCACCACGAUUGUUGUAGUAUGGCUAGCCAAAUCUAAACGAGGAUGGAGCGGCAUCGAUGCUUAUCUAAUUAAUUUGGCCUUUUCGGAUAUCCUUUUGUCAACAACAGGAGUACCACUGGAAAUUUAUGGAUACUGGCAGCAGUAUCCUUGGAUUUUCGGCCGCGUGGUCUGCUCCAUAUCGGCGUUUCUUCCGGAAACAUGCUUAUAUUCCUCGAUUCUAACAAUUGUGGUAUUUACGUACGAGCGGUAUCGAGCGGUUACGGAUCCCAUCGCAACAUUUCGCUCAUUUAGCGUGAGGCGUAUCGCUAAGGUCAUCCUGGCUGUUUGGCUGCUGGCUAUGAUUAAUGCCGCUCCGUUUGCUUAUUUCAAAACGGUCAAUCAUCUGUACGAUCAGAAUGGAUUAAUUAUGGAGGAGACUGCUUGGUGUGAAAUACCAUUUACCAUCAACGCCCAGCUUCGACCGCUCUUCAUUUAUUCUGCGAUAUGUUUCUACAUUCUUCCAAUGUUUUUAUUGGCGGUAUUAUACGUCCGCAUUGGAUUAUUCCUACACCGCAAUUCAUCCACCGAGAAGUGCGAUCUGGCCAGCAAGUGUGAUAUUCCGCUUUCCAGAAAAGCUACGUUGCGAGUAACCGCCAGCCGGCACGAAAGCACUGAUGCCGCUGAGAACCGGAAGCGAACGGUGAAAGUCCUCUUGGCGAUUGUUGUCAACUUUUUCGUCUGCUAUGGAUUUUUUCACGUGCAAAGGCUGAUAUUCGUGUUUGUCGAUGACUGGUACUCAAAUCGCGAAGUUUUGGAUUGGAACACCAUAUUAUUUCCGAUUAGCGGUUUCUUAUACCAUGUUAAUCCCGUUCUGGAUAUGAUUUUCUAUUCCUGUAUGAGCCGGCGUUUCCAGUCGUUUUACCGGCGGCUACUGUGCUGUCGUUGCCGGGAUUUCAGUCGUCGAUACACCGGUGACCAGGCAUACAUGAUCGGAAUAUCACGGGCAUCCAAUUCCCUAACGAAACAAAUGAGCCUCACAACGACAUCUUUUAAACGGGAAUCCGUGCUGUAUAACAAGAUGCCCACAUCCGAGACAGCGGGGCCGGCUGGCCCUCUUCCCCAGUGGACGGUCACAGGUUAAAUGCCGCCAGCGGCAGAAUGGACCGCAAGCAGUGAUGAUGUACAUUGUCAUAGUGGUCAGCAACCGGAAGUGAUGUCCUUGCCGAUUAAUGUAAAUUUUACUGAUCAUCCUUAAUGUGAUACUACGUUAUAAACAGAAAUCUUCGAAUGUACAAUACAUUUGAUACAGUACACUUACGAAAUGCUUGGCGUAUUAUUUAGUGCAUGUUUAAGUAUUGUAAAUAGCAUUACUAUUUGCUUGAUUUCGUACAUAUUUCUUAAACAAUCUGCUAUGUAUUAAUCGUGCGCUUUUUGUUUUGUUUGUAUGAACUUCUAUAAUUUAGAAAACUAAUAAUUAGUAUUAGAUAACAGCUAAUAUGGCACUACUAAUACUGUACGU